CUGAGCUAAGAAGUUGUUCACGAAAGUUCUAAAUAAAAAAUAAACUAAAGAUGCCUUGCAAAGGAUGCGGAAAUAACUGCCAGUGCACUUCCGGCAAAUGCGGCGGCAACUGCGCCGGAAACCAGCAAUGCCAAUGCGCCGGCAAAGCGCCCACCAAGUGCUGCCAGGGCAAAUAAAUGUGCGAAUUAAACUAUGCACGCAUCGGGCAACAUAAUGGACCUAAGUACCUCCGGGUGAACUCUACCCCUUACCUAACUACGCACUAUAGCUAAAUACUGAAAUCUCCGACUGAUUGUUGUUA